UAAUUCGAAUCGUAGCCCUUGCGAUUGUAACCGCUGCUGCAGUGGAUUCUUCUUCUUCUUCUUCUUCUUCUUCUUUCUUUCUUUCUCUUUGUUUUUCACUAUUUUUCCGACUCUCUCACUCACUCUCUCUACUUUCUCUCAGAUCUCUUCUCCGAUUCCAGGUAGAGCAUGGCAAUGGAAGUUACACAGGUGCUUUUGAAUGCUCAAUCAAUUGAUGGGAAUGUACGGAAGCAUGCUGAGGACAGUCUGCGGCAAUUUCAGGAGCAAAACCUUCCUGGAUUCUUGGUCUCUCUAUCUGGAGAGUUAGCAAGUGAAGAUAAACCGGUUGAUAGCCGAAAGUUGGCAGGUUUGAUACUGAAAAAUGCUUUGGAUGCCAAGGAUGAAAGCAGAAAGCAGGAAUUGGUCCAAAGAUGGUUGUCACUGGACCCUGUGGCGAAGACUCAAGUUAAGUCAUGCUUGCUGCAAACACUCUCUUCUCUUGUAACUGAAGCUCGGUCUACAGCAACUCAAGUUAUUGCCAAAGUUGCUGGAAUUGAGCUUCCUCAGAAACAGUGGCCUGAGCUGAUAGGAUCACUUUUAUCAAAUAUUCAUCAAGUACCUACUCAUGUCAAACAAGCGACCUUGGAGACUCUGGGGUAUUUGUGUGAGGAAGUAUCUCCUCAGGUUGUUGAUCAGGACCAAGUAAAUAAAAUACUUACUGCGGUAGUUCAAGGUAUGAAUGCGUCUGAAGGGAAUAAUGAUGUUAGGCUUGCUGCUACUAGGGCAUUAUAUAAUGCUCUUGGAUUUGCUCAGGUUAAUUUUAGAAAUGAUAUGGAGCGUGAUUAUAUCAUGAGAGUUGUUUGUGAGACAACUAUGUCCCCUGAAGUGAAAAUACGACAGGCAGCUUUUGAAUGCUUGGUCUCAAUUGCAGCCAUGUAUUAUGAGAAAUUGGCUCCUUACAUCCAGGAUAUAUAUAACAUCACAGCAAAGGCUGUUAGGGGUGAUGAGGAGCCUGUUGCUCUUCAAGCCAUUGAAUUUUGGAGUACAAUUUGUGAUGAGGAGACAGAUAUCUUGGAAGAAUAUAUUGGUGAUUCCAAUGGAGACUCUGAUGUACCUUGUUUUUAUUUUAUUAAGCAAGCUCUUCCUGCUCUUAUCCCUCUGCUGUUGGAAACUUUACUCAAACAAGAAGAGGAUCAAGAUCUGGAUGAAGGUGCGUGGAAUAUUGCAAUGGCAGGUGGUACAUGCCUUGGUUUAGCUGCUCGUACUGUUGGAGAUGAUAUAGUGCCACUGGUAAUGCCCUUCAUUGAGGAGAAUAUUACAAAACCAGAUUGGAGGCAAAGGGAGGCAGCCUCGUAUGCUUUUGGAUCUAUCUUGGAGGGGCCUUCCCCUGACAAAUUAGCUCCUCUUGUAAACCAUGCCUUACCAUUUAUGUUAAGUGCUUUAGUGAAGGACCCUAAUAACCAUGUGAAAGACACCACUGCUUGGACUUUGGGACGAAUGUUUGAAUUUCUUCACAGUUCUAUUGUUGGUACACCAAUUAUUAAUGAGGGAAACUGCCAACAAAUUAUUACAGUUCUCCUUCAGAGUAUGAAGGAUGUUCCCAAUGUUGCUGAGAAGGCCUGUGGUGCUCUGUAUUUUCUCGCCCAGGGUUACGAGGAUGUGGGAUCAGCAUCUCCUCUAACUCCUUUUUUUCAGCAAAUUGUUCAAUCCCUUCUAACUGUUACUCGCAGAGAGGAUGCUACUGAAUCACGAUUGAGAACUGCAGCUUAUGAAACAUUGAAUGAAGUAGUAAGGUGUUCAACAGAGGAAAUAACCCAUUUGGUGGUGCAACUAGUUACUGUCAUCAUGAUGGAGCUGCACAAAUGUCUUGAAACACAAAAUCUUUCAUCCGAUGAAAGAGAAAAGCGGAGUGAAUUGAUAGGCCUUCUUUGUGGGUGUUUGCAAGUACUUAUUCAGAAGCUGGGUUCUUCAGAAUCUACCAAAUAUGUCAUCUUGCAGUUUUCUGAUCAGAUCAUGGGACUAUUCUUCAGGGUCUUUGCUUGUAGAAAUGCCGCUGCACAUGAGGAGGCAAUGCUAGCCAUUGGAGCCCUUGCAUAUGCAAUGGGCCCUGAUUUUGCCAAGUACAUGCCAGAAUUUUACAAGUUUAUGGAGAUGGACCUUCAGAAUUUUGAGGAGUACCAAGUUUGUGCUGUCACUGUUGGUGUUGUAGGGGACAUAUGCAGGGCAUUGGAGGAUAAAAUACUGCCUUAUUGUGAUGGAAUUAUGACUCAACUUCUCAAGAAUUUGGCAAAUGAUAAUUUGGACCGUUCUGUGAAACCCCCAUUAUUCUCAUGCAUUGGUGAUAUAGCACUUGCAAUAGGAGAUAACUUUAAUAAGUACUUGAUGUAUGCAAUGAACACACUACAACUUGCUGCAGAGAUGUAUGCUCACACAGCAGGUUUUGAUGAUGAAAUGACUGAGUACAUUAAUACUUUGAGAAAUGGGAUAUUAGAGGCAUAUUCUGGGAUUUUUCAAGGGUUUAAGAAUUCAUCGAAAACCCAACUCUUGAUUCCUUAUGCGCCUCAUAUUCUCCAGUUUUUGGAUAGCAUAUACAUGGAAAAAGACAUGGACGAAGUAGUCAUGAAAACAGCAAUUGGAGUCCUUGGAGAUCUAGCAGAUACACUUGGAAGCAAUGCUGGUUCUUUAAUACAGCAGUCUUUGUCAAGCAGAGAAUUUUUGAAUGAAUGUUUGACCUCAGAAGAUCAUUUGAUUAAGGAAUCUGCUGAGUGGGCCAAGUUGGCUAUCACUCGAGCUAUAUCUGUUUGAGGUUCAUAUGCUGAGUUAGCAUAUCCAUUGUCAUAAACUAUCUGCAUGCAUUUGGGUGUGUCGAGGUGGGUCUUGGGAUUGCAUGUGUCAAUUUGUCUCCAUGGUCAGACAACAGAAGGUAUCAGUCUGAAGGUCUUCUUGUUGUCACUAACUCUUGCAUCAUCACCAAUGCAUCACUGACUUUUGCAUGAGCACCAUUAAGUCCAGUUCUGUCAAGAGGAAGAGGGUAGCGAUGUGUUUGCAAAUGUGGGUGUAGGUCUUCAUGCAACAUGUAAUCGGUCGAAUAUAGCUAAAGGGAGGCAACUGAUUCCUGAUUGAGAAACUAAGCUACUCUUAGUUGGAAUUGGAUGAUGAGUUUGGACUUUGGAGUUGAUGUUAUGAGAAGAUAAACCCAUUCGAGCUUGAAAAUGCUUUUUUCCUGAACUGGUCAUGCAUUAUUGGAAUGGUUGAAUUCACAGGGUUGAACUGGUUUUCAUCAACACCACCCAAAGUGCUUUAUAUCAAGUGAAUCUCUUCCUUUUUUUCUGACUUUUAACCUGCAUCUUCUUAAAUCAUUGUUUUGAUCAUCCUACUGUGUAUAAUUUGUCCCUAGGCUGUUGGUCAUCCAUACAAUUUUUUUUCUCCAUACUUGCUUUUCUAGGCUGGGAAUCGAUUGUGAUUGUUUACCCAGGAUGGGAAAGAUUACAUCCUACACGCAUUAUGCAUAUUUUUUUUUACAUGUCGGUUGGUUUCUUAGGUCAAAAAUCAUCGUGCAUUCAUGAAAUCAUCAACCUUUAAUUUUUUGCUUUGAAAUGCAUUUGUAAGUCGUAUAUUGGCUGUUCCUGUGGAUACAAAAGAAACUCGCCAUAUACUGUGAUGAUAACCAAAGAACUUGGUGUGGUGGGUUGUUGUUUCUCUUGUUGGAGGGAGCCGUCUGGGUUUAGCCUGUAUUGGUAUUUCUUUCUCUUGUCUUAAGUAAAAGUUUGUGAAUUUUGGCGACUUUGGUAAUUUUGCCAUGUUUCCUGUAUAUCUUAUUAUGGUUUGGUAA